CUGCCCAGCUGUAGCAGGGGAGGGUGAGCGAGUGACUCUCCUGGGUGCCUGGUGUUGGGCCAGUGUCAAACCACGAGUUGUUCAUACUCUGGUCUGAGCUCAGUUUAAUCCUGAAAGCAAGACACUUCUGAAUGCUGGCAAACUCAUUCAUUCUCCUAAUGCUAUUAGAUUUCCAGUCAUCUUUCAAUCACCUCACAUUCCUUUUACGUUCGAGAGACCCCUUUGAGGGUCUGUGUGUGAUGUUUUGGAAUACUUCUGAUGAAGUAUUUUUGCAUGAUUGGAAAGAACGCAAUUCUGGAUUUGGGUGCACUGCUCACAGACCACUUGGUUUGUGAUGGUGUAUAAUCAUUGUGAAAAGAUAUUUUAUCUUCAGCUGUUGGGUAAUACAGGAGAAAAACAAACCAAAGGAAUGAUACUGAGCCAGCUAUCUAAAUAAUAACUGAUAGCAUUGAUCCAUGUGAAUUUCGACACCUGCUACAGGAACUUUGUCAUCUUGCAAGCACAUAAAUAGCCAGUGAAGAGACCACAGCCUUACACUGAAGGCACCAUGCAGGUCCUCCUCCUUCUCCUCGCAGCUGCAGGGCUGUGCUGGGGGCAGUAUGACCCCAACACUCUCCCUAAGAGAAACGCUAUUGUGCAUCUCUUUGAAUGGCGCUGGCAGGACAUUGCUCUGGAAUGUGAACGCUACUUAGCCCCUAAUGGAUUUGGAGGAGUUCAGGUUUCACCUCCAAGUGAAAAUAUUGUCGUUACUAACCCAAACAGACCCUGGUGGGAAAGAUACCAGCCCGUUAGUUACAAGCUCUGCACUCGGUCAGGAAAUGAAGAGGAAUUCAGAGACAUGGUGACCAGAUGCAACAAUGUUGGAGUUCAUAUCUAUGUGGAUGCUGUGGUCAACCAUAUGUGUGGGGCUGCAGGUGGCUCAGGUACCCAUUCUACCUGUGGAAGCUACUUUAAUGCUGGAAACAGAGAUUUUCCAGCUGUACCGUACUCUGGCUGGGAUUUCAAUGAUGGCAAAUGUCAUUCUGGAAGUGGAGAAAUUGAAAAUUAUGGUGAUAUAUAUCAGGUCCGGGACUGCCGCUUGGUCAGCCUUCUGGAUCUGGCCCUGGAGAAGGACUAUGUGCGCUCAAAGGUUGCGGAGUACCUGAACCAUCUCAUUGACAUUGGUGUAGCAGGAUUCAGACUUGAUGCUGCCAAGCACAUGUGGCCUGGGGACAUAAGAGCAUUUCUGGACAAGCUGAAUAAUCUAAAUAUUCAGUGGUUUCCUGAAGGAACUAAACCUUUCAUUUACCAGGAGGUAAUUGACUUGGGUGGAGAGCCCAUCAAAGGCAGCGACUAUUUUGGAAAUGGCCGAGUGACAGAAUUCAAAUACGGUGCCAAACUGGGGACAGUGAUCCGCAAGUGGAACGGAGAAAAGAUGGCCUACUUAAAGAACUGGGGAGAAGGCUGGGGCUUUGUGCCUUCCGACAGAGCCUUGGUCUUUGUGGAUAAUCACGACAACCAGAGAGGACACGGGGCUGGUGGAUCUUCUAUUCUGACCUUCUGGGAUGCCAGGCUCUAUAAAAUGGCAUCUGGUUUCAUGCUUGCCCAUCCCUAUGGGUUCACACGUGUGAUGUCAAGUUUUCGCUGGCCAAGAUAUUUUGAAAAUGGAAGGGACAUCAAUGACUGGGUUGGACCCCCAAGUAACGAGGAUGGCUCCAUAAAGCCUGUCACAAUCAACGAGGACACGACCUGUGGCAACGACUGGGUUUGUGAGCAUCGCUGGCGCCAAAUCAAGAACAUGGUUAUCUUCCGUAAUGUGGUGGAUGGUGAGCCUUUCUCCAACUGGUGGGACAAUGGCAGCAAUCAAGUGGCCUUUGGCCGUGGUAAUAAAGGCUUCAUCAUCUUCAAUAAUGAUGACUGGAAUAUGAAUGUUUAUGUACAAACUGGGCUGCCUGCUGGUACCUACUGUGAUGUUAUUUCUGGACAAAAAGAGGACGGCAAAUGUACUGGAAAGCAGGUGUUUGUUUCUGGUGAUGGAAUGGCUAAUUUCCAGAUUAAUACUGAUGCUGAAGAUCCAUUUAUUGCAAUUCAUGUCGAAGCCAAAUUGUAAUUUGGGAGAAAUGUCCUCCUUUGUUUGGUCUGUGUAUUACUAUUUCCCCCAUAUGCCCUUCCCUGGUUUGAUCAUGAGUGACUCUCUAAUGAAUAAUAAAUGGCAUUAAAAUUGAAGAGUACCGUUUUUCCCUUAAAGAAUUAGAUGUAACUUUAUCCCCUCAUAACUAGUGGUGAUACAGUGGUAAGUUUUAAGGCAAUGCAGCACUCCAGUUCCCAUGUAACAAAAACACCAGAGGGAAAAAAAAAAGAAAAAGAAUCCAAGCCAGCACCUGGCUAAGUUAAAAUGCAACAUUUCCAGGGCUGAUCCAUGCACACACACUUGUAUCCCAGAGCAGCUACCUUGAGGGCUGUCAGCUAUGAGCAGUGCCUCCAUACAGAGUUUAUGCCUUCCUUAUGACAAACCAAGCCUGGGGUCUGGGUCACUGAAGGAAACUGGGCCAUGCCAAUCAGUUAUUCCAGCCUGUGGCAUCAGUGAAACCAGCAGCUUGCCUGGUCCACAGUCAGCUUGUGCCUGGACAAAGCAAAACCUCAGCUCUUGCAUCGUUUGCUGUCACAUUCAUCCAAACUUCUAAAAACAAUUUUAUGAUUCAGCAGAUCUGCUCCACCAUCCUGUUGUGCACCAGGAUUUUGUGGCACAAUGCAAUAUUCC